AUGGUGGAAUCUGAAGGCUCCAAUCAACACCCAAAACGGAGCAAACUCACUAAUCAUUCUCAGUUUCCAUCAACUUCAAUGCAACAUUCAAGUUUUAAUAGAGUCCCUAUUCUACCAUCAGAAUUCAUCACCGAAAUACUCUUAAAGCUACCAAUGAAAUCCCUCGUACGAUUCAGAUGUAUUUCACAAUCUUGGCUUGCUCUAAUAUCUAGCCCUGAAUUUGUCAAGACCCUUCUCAGCAUAUUUGCUAAUAACAAGGAGUACACUCACCAUAAGCUUAUAUUGAGUUCUUUUCGUCGUGGGAAUAUUAACGAUUGUUCUCUUAAGGACUGUUCCCUUAGUUCUUUACUUUAUGACUCUAUUGCUCAUUCAUUUGACUUGGAUUAUCCUAUGAAACACCUCCGUCAAUCUAUUAAGGUUGUGGGUUCUGUCAAUGGUUUGAUUUGUCUUGCCAUUGAGGACGAAGACUUUAUUCUCUGGAAUCCAUCAAUUAGGAAAUUCAAAAAAUUGCCUGAUUCUAGAGCUGCUGGUUGCUAUUUCAUAUAUGGUUUUGGAUAUGAUGAGCUUCAAAAUGAUUAUAAGUUAGUGGGUAUUUCCGGUACUUUGAAUUAUAGGAGAUCACAUAAGGUUGAGACCAAAAUAUAUAGUCUACAGGGUAAUUCUUUCAGAAGUAUCCGUACAUUUCAGACUGGGUUGCUUUCAGACAUCAUUUCGAUUGAUCUGAUUGAUGGGAAAUGGGGAAAGGUGGAGAAACCAUGCUACAGGGAAGGAGAUUUUGACUUUACGAUGCAGCCAGGACUAGGAGUGAUGGGAAGUGAUCUUUCUAUGUACUGUCGCAGUCGGAGAACUCGCACAGAUUUUUGGAUUAUGAAGGAGUAUGGGGUUAAAGAUUCUUGGACAAAGGUGUUUACUUUUAAUUAUCCUCAUGACAAUCCUACUGGGCAUUUGUUUUCUCCGCCCUUUAUCAUGUCAAGUAAAGGUGAUAUUUUGUUUCGAUUUGGAUCAGCUUUUGUGAUUUACAAUCCGAAGGACGAUUCCUUCAAAAAUCAAAAGGUUACGAAUUGUAAUAUCUUUUGGCAUGCAAACAUCUACAUUGAAAGCCUAGUUUGGCCAUUUUGGCAGAAGGAACCUGUGAUGCAACAACGAAAGCUGAAAAAGCUUAGAAGAAAACGAUCUGGUAAAAGUAACUAA